AUGUUGAGAAGGGAGAACUCUAGUUUUGACAUGAGCCUAAAAGACGAGCCCGAAGCCGAGUCAUGUGAACCUGAGCAAAGUUUGGUUAGUAGACACGAACUCAAGAGAACUGUGGAGCUAGGGCUUCCCUUGAUCCCUGCAUACUCUGAAGCUUCUGGGGAUCAAGUUCUUCAUGGAGUCAACUAUGCUUCUGCCGCCGCCAGCAUCCUUGACAUCACCGGAAGAAACUUCGUGGGUCGUAUACCGUUUAGUCAACAAAUAAGGAACUUCCAAAAUACUCUGGAUCAAAUUACUGGUAAUCUUGGGGCAAUUGAUUUGUCCAAGGCUAUCGUAAGAUCUAUAUUCUUUGUAGGGAUGGGGAGCAAUGACUACUUGAACAACUAUCUCAUGCCAAAUUACAAUACCAAGAAUGAAUAUAAUGCUCAACAAUAUGCUGAUCUUUUGAUUGAACAAUACGCCCGACAACUCACUAGCCUGUACAAUCUGGGCGCUCGGAAAUUUGUACUGGCUGGAUUAGGAAGAAUGGGCUACAUGCCAAGCAUCUUGGCUCAAAACCAGCUUGGUACCUGCUCAGAAGAAGUUAACCAGCUUGUUUUACCUUUCAAUACAAAUGUGAAGACGAUGAUCAACAAUCUUAAUGCCAAUCUUCCCGGUUCAAAAUUCAUUUACAUCGAUAUCGCUAGAAUGUUUGAAGAUCUGUUAGUCAAUUACAUAUCCUAUGGUAUGCAUACACUACUUCUAUACUUAAUAUUUUAUCAUUCAAUAAAAUUAUUGAUACAAAUUUACGUUUUCCUCACUAGUUUGAACUGUUUUAUACACACAGGGUUUAGUGUUAUAGAUCGAGGAUGUUAUGGGAUCGGGCAAAACAGAGGACAAAUUACGUGUCUUCCAUUCCAAACACCAUGUCCAAACAGAGAUCAGUAUGUGUUUUGGGAUGCAUUUCAUCCAACAAAAGCUGUCAACAUUUUAUUUGGAAAGAAGGCCUUCUCGGGCGACUUAAGCAACGUUUAUCCCAUGAACAUACAGCAACUUGUCAAUCUUGACAUUGGACCUGCUUAA